GACACUUGCUUGGCCUCGCCCUGCUCCUCCGCAAUUCAAGACUGGACAUCGACGUCUCUUCGGUCGUGAUCCACGACGUACACAACCCCCAGGCAGAGUCGCUGGCCGUCGCGCGCGCCACCUUCCCACGAGUCAAUUGCCGGCAUCAGUGCCCCAACCGUUGCGCUGUGCCUGCAUUAGUUGCCGGUCCCAUCGUUGGCGCCUCUCCACAGUCAGCCGGCCAAGACGCGCCGCAAUAGGCUAUCAACGCUCUGUUCCAUCUGUGAAUAUCCUCGCGACGGGUUAGCCAUAGCACGCAAUGAGCCAUGGACGACACCAAGCUCAGUGAUUUGCAGCCCCUCGACAGCCGCAACAGUCCCGACCACGUCAGGGCCGUCGACACCGAGGAGGGCACCAUUGACAAUGGUAGUGUUGCCUACAAGGUCUACAAGAGGCGCUGGUUCGGCCUCGCGCUCCUGACACUGCUCAACAUCACUGCCAGCUUCGAUUGGCUCACUUUCGCCCCGGUCUCUCAGAAGGCUGCGGUAUACUAUGGUGUAUCUGAGAACUCCAUCAACUGGCUCAGCACUGGAUUUCUCUUCGCCUUCGUCGUGGCCGCGCCGGCCACCAUCUACGUGCUCCAUCUUGGGCCCAAGCCUUCCAUCAUCGCUGCGUCGGGGUUAAUGCUCGUGGGCAACUGGGUCCGCUUCGCCGGAUCGUACUCGGCUGAUGGGGGCAACUUUGGUGCCGCCAUGGCAGGCCAGAUCCUGACCGGCUUCGCCCAGCCGUUUGUCCUCAGUGCCCCGACGAGAUACUCGGACAUGUGGUUCACCGAGCGCGGUCGCAUCACUGCCACGGCCCUCGCCAGUCUCGCCAAUCCCUUCGGAGGCGCUAUCAUACAACUUAUUGUGCCUGCCAUUGUCGACGUCCCAUCCAGCAUGUCCAUGGGCGUACUGAUCGUGGCCAUCGUGGCCACCGUCUUUGCAAUCCCGUCCAUCUUCCUGCCGGCCAAGCCGCCUUCACCUCCCGGCCCCAGCGGCAACACACCAAAGCUAUCCCUUCGACAGUCCUUCAAAGCGCUCAAUACACUUGAAAUCUGGCUGCUCCUCAUCCCCUAUUCAGUGUUUGUCGGCUUCUUCAACAGCAUCUCUAGCUUGCUCAACCAGAUUCUCAUGCCCUACGGCUUCACCUCAGACGAGGCUGGCAUCGCAGGCGCGCUGCUCAUUGUGGUCGGCCUGGUCGCCAGUGCCAUUGCCUCGCCCAUCAUUGACCGCAAGAAGACCGUUCUUGUGACAAGCAAAUGCCUCGUACCCGUCAUCGCGGUGUGUUACGUUGUGUUCAUCUUCAUGCCGGGCUCGGGCUCGCUCGCCGGGCCGUACACGAUCUUGAGCGUUCUCGGAGCCAGUAGCUUCAUCUUGGUUCCGGUUGCGCUCGAAUUUCUGUGCGAGAUCACUCAUCCACUCAGCCCGGAGGUGACCAGCACCAUCGCCUGGUCAGGUGGCCAACUUCUUGGCGGCAUCUUCAUCGUCAUCUCGGACGCUCUCAAAGCUGGCCCAGAGGCGGAUCCGCCGCUCAACCUGUUUUGGGCGCUCGUUUUCUCGGCCAUCAUCGCUUCGCUCAUGGUGCCGCUCGUAUUGUGCCUAGGCCUCUUUGGACGGGCCGACAGGGUUGCGCUGCGCAGGACGCAGAGUGACCAGGGUCAUAGUGAAUUGCACCGGUAGUGGUCGCUCGCCGGCACAAACUCAGUACGUGUCUGAGUUUGAGCGGAAGGGCAAGGAAUGAGUCGACACUUCAGGUGCGUUUGUUUUAAAUGAAGGGUCAAUAGGGGGAUUGCUUCGUCAGAGCGCAUAUGCCAUGGUCACAAUUACUGUAGGGAGAUGGCGGUCGAGCAUCAGUGGUUUGAUGGGCCCAAUCGAGCAGCGCAGUUCGCUCUGCUUUGCUGCUCGCUGCUAGCUGCUACUUGCAUACGUAUAUACGCACUCAUACUUUUCCCUCGAUCUCCGUUCCAAUAGACCACAUAAUGCGAAAUCUUGAAGUGUUUCGAGCAAUGUCCGCGCACGGUUCGCAACUGUCCCAUUAACCCGGUGUCCCUUGCUAGUGGAAGUGAGCGAGCUCGUGCACAAUCAGUUCGAGAACUCACUUGGCUUUCCUUGCUGCACUGCUCACA